UAUAAUACAACCACCUAAAACUGGGGGCUUUCCUUUUCUGCUGGCGAAACCUGCACCAGUUUCUUAUAUAAACACACAUUCUCCUCAUCAUUCUUCAUCACCAUUCAUAUCCAUUGGCAAUAAACACUGAAUCUGUACGAAAGAAGAAGCUGAAAUGAGUUCCACGAGCAGGGCUUGGUUAGUGGGAGCAAGCAUUGGGGCUGUUGAGGCACUGAAAGAUCAGGGAUUCUGUAGAUGGAAUUAUGCCAUGAGGCUACUGCAACAACAUGCCAAGAACAACCUCAGAUCAUACACUGAGACCAAGAGACUCUCUGGAGUACCCUCUUCAACAAUUAUAUGUAAAAAGAUGAAGGAAGAUCAGAAGUUGAAGAAAUCUGAGGAAUCACUGAGAACAGUUAUGUAUUUGAGCUGUUGGGGACCUAAUUGAAUAGAAUCUCCAAACCCCUAUUUCUUUGUGUAUAUAUUAUGUAGAGAGCUAAAUAUUUGCUCAAGCUUAAUGAUGUUUUGUACUAGUUUCCAAAGUUUUAAACAAGGUUAAACAUUAUGUUUCCAUGGCAUCCGUCAGAGUUUUGUUCUUAGCUAAUACACCUUUUUUGUUCA